AUGACACAUUCGAACGACGGAGUCAGUCAAUCUGUGAUGAAAGAUAAAUUACUUUUAAGCGAAUCAAAAAAUGUAACUGUUGAUAGUGUUCUCAAACAAUGUGGAGAUUUCGGUCGAUUUCAAUGGUUCCAUUAUUUCUUUCUCAAUUUAUUACAAAUAUCUGCUGGUGCUGUUGCUUUUUAUUAUGUUUAUGGUGCAGCAGAACCCGAACAUCGUUGUCGUUUGCCAUCAUCUAUUUGGCAGAAUGACAAUCAAUAUAAUCCAGUCAAUUCAACAUUAAAAUCUCUUAUUGAUAAAUAUAUUCCAAUCAGUAAUGGAAAAUGGGAUAAAUGUCAUAUAUGGGAUUCUAAUCGAAGAUUAGUUGAUUGUCCAAAUGGAUGGGUAUUUGAUCGACAUAUUUAUGGUUUUACAUUUACAGAAGAAGCUUAUUUAGUUUGUCAUACAAAAGGAAAAAAAAGUUGGAUUUCAACAGUGAUGCACAUAGCUGGAUUUACUCUUUUAAUUGUUGGACCAUUAGCCGAUAGAUUUGGACGAAAAACUAUGAUUAUUUUUCUUACUUUAACACUUUUCCUCAUUUGUCUUUUGCUACAAAGCCUUAUGCAAUGGGUUCCAAUGUCAAUUCAUGUCAAAUUUAGUCUUUUGGUACUAAAUCAAUUUAUAUUAGGUUUAACUGCACCCAUAGGUAGUCUUGUUUUUGUAUUAAUGCUUGAAUUAACAAGCUAUUCCUAUCGUAGUCUUGUUGGUACUAUAGCUGUAACUUGUUUUGCAUUUGGUGAAGCAUUAGCAACGUUAUUUGCUUAUAUAACAAAAAAUUGGCAAAAUAAUUUAUGGUCAAUAACAAUCUUUAUUGGUUUAUCAUCAAUUUAUCUGUAUUUUAUCAAUGAGUCUCCAAUGUAUUUACAUUCGAAAAAGAAAUAUAUUCAAUUAGAAAAUGUUUUACGUCAAAUAAGUAAAAGAAAUGGUAAAAAAGAAGAUGAUUGGAAUUCGAGUUUAAAAGAAUUAUUGAAUCAAGAACAAAUUAAUCACGUAAAAAUACCAUUCAAAGAAAAAAUUCUAAAAUUAAUAACGAACAGAAUAUUGAUACAACGUUUCAUAAUUACAAGUAUAAUUGCAUUUACAGGAAUGUUGUUAUUUAUUAAGAUUUCUUAUGGACUUGCUGUGAUGAAUAUUUCUCCAUAUAUAGCUAUGACUAUUGGAUCGAUUGUGGAAAUAUGUGGAUAUAUUUCUGCAAAUAUAGUUAUGUCUGGACGACUUGGUCGAAAAUAUUCUUUUAUGAUGUUUACUGGUUUGACAAGUCUAUGUGUUUUUCUUAUUCCAUUAUUAACUAAACGAAGUACAAUAGGAACAGUUAUUAUAUCUCAAUUUGGUAAAUUCUCUAUAUCAGCAUCAAUGGCAAUAACAUGGAUUUAUAUAUCAGAAUUAUUUCCAACAUCGAUUCGAAGUAGUGCCAAUGGUUUUGCAGUUGCUGUCAGUAGGAUAGGAGCUAUUUUAGCACCUGUUAUUGAUGCUAAUAUUGACGAACAUUAUUUAUCAAUCACAUUUUAUAUUUAUGCUGCUUUGGCUCUAUUGGUAGUUUUAUUAACUUGCCUACUACCUGAAACAAAAAAUGUACCUUUGACUGAUAGAAUUGAUUCUAGAAAUAAUCAAGAAUCAAUACCACCGCCUUCAACACAGAUUCAAUAA